AUUUUGAGCGACAAAAUAACUUAAAACAAGGAAAAAAUUGCCUAGAACUCAAGUAGGAUGAAAUGUCGGCGUAAAGUGUGAGAGGCUUCGCUAGGAGCAGAACUGUUGAGCUGUAGGUGACAAUUAUUUGUGCUGAGGUUCUCUGGAUUUAACUUAAAUUAAACAGGACGUUACUGAAUGAAGCGCUUUCAAAUUUCGCGCUGUUUGCGCCGCCUUUGGGGAGAUUAGCCGACUCGUUUUAGCCCGUUAGCUAGCUUUGUUAUUGCGGCACUAACAUUAACUUAAGACAGAAUAGUAUGGACUUUCAUCACUAAACGUGCGCUCUGCGUCUCCAGAGACCUCUUUAAAAUGGAGGUGACGGACAUCGGAAACAAAGAAGAGGGGAAAGUCUGGCAUCGAAAACCAGCACCAGGCAAAGGGGUGCUGGUGACGGUGGUGCGCACUGCUCAUCAGGCCAAGGCGGUGCGUUUCCUCCACGUGGCCUUUGACACCACAGGAGACUCCUUCCUGGCUGGAGAUCACCAUGGCAACAUCUAUGUAUUUGACAUCAGCAGAAACAGGUUUCGUCUGGUGCAGAAGACCGGCCAGGCCUGCACUGCUCUGGCGUUCAGCCUUCGCCGGACCACAGAGUUCCUUGUGGCUCUGGCCGACAACACCAUCAAGUGCUUUGACAAAGACACAAAGCAGCUGGUCAGUUGGAUGCGUGGUCACGAGGGAGCGGUUUCGUCCAUCUCCGUCCACAGCUCAGGUCGCUACGCCAUCAGCACGUCGCUGGACACGGCUCAGCUCUGGGACCUGGACACCUUCCAGAGGAAGAGGAAGCUCAACAUCCGCCAGUCUGUUGGCAUUCAGAGGGUGUUCUUCCUACCUCUCAGUAACACCAUUCUCAGCUGUUUCAGCGAUGACUCCAUCUUUGCUUGGGAGAGCGACACUCUGUCCUGCAAAUACCAGCUCCCGGUCCCCGACACCGGACCCAAAAUCUCUUACAAGGCUUUUGCCGUUACUCGUGACGGUAAGAGCCUUGCUGCUGGGGGGCGCUCCAACCUGCUGCACCUGUGGUGUCUGGACAGCAAACAGCUGAUUCGGGUGAUUCAGAUGCCCGCACAGGUCCGAACCGUCCGGCAGCUCGAAUUCCUGCCCAACAGCUUCGACGGAGGAGCCAGUCAGACGCUGGGAGUAUUGAGUCAGGACGGCGUUAUGCGUUUCAUCAACAUUCACACUUGCAAGCUGCUUUUCCAUAUGGGUUCGCACGAAGACGCCAUCACCGCGGUGACUGUCAGCCCCAACGGCAGACAUGUUGUGGCCGUCAUGGAUAAUGGCAGCAUAAAUGUCUACAGUGUUCAGAGUCUCACACAGGAGUUAAACAAGCCUCCUCCCUCCCAGGUGGCAGUAGUCUCUGGCAGUGGAGCUGGUCAGAACUUGUCGAACGUAAAGGUUCAGGUCGGGUCAGAGGUCAUUCACAGACCAGCCAGGAGCUCGGGCCGCCAAACACAUGUGAAGAUGCUCCGACCCCUUGCUGGGUCUACUGCUGAGGAUAAAGAGAAUGAACUACCUGCUGGUCUAAAUAAGAAGAGACUGGUGGGUCUGCUCAAGGCAUUCGGAGAGUAUCCAGCUAAAUACAGGAUGUUUGUAUGGCGCUCUUUGUUGUGUCUCCCAGAGAACCACGCGGCGUACAGCAGUCUGACCGAUAAAGGCCUGCAUUCAGCGUACCUCAGUCUGCACGAUAAAUACCCCAUCAAGAGUCCCAAGUUACAGAGGGGACUGCAGAGGGUUUUGUCUGCCUUAUCUCACUGGGCAGCCAUUUUUGGAGAGGUGGAGUACCUUCCCCUAGUAGCCUUCCCUUUUGUCAAGCUCUUCCAGAACAACCCAAUGCUCUGCUUUGAGGUGGUGGCCACUGUUAUAGUCAAUUGGGGUCAACAUUGGUUUGAGUACUUCCCCAACCCUCCUCUGAACGUCCUGAGCAUGGCGGAGAACGUUCUGGCUCAUCAUGACAAGGAGCUGCUGCAGCAUCUGGUGGACUGUGGGAUCACCUCGCAGCUCUAUGUGUGGCCCCUGCUGGAGACCCUGUUCUCUGAGGUUUUGACCCGUGAUGAGUGGCUGAGACUCUUUGACAACGUCUUCACCAACCAUCCAUCGUUCCUGCUCAUGGCCUGCGUGGCCUAUGUCACCUGCUGCCGUGAGCCUCUGCUGCUCUGCUCGCAGAAAACGGACUUUGAGUAUUUCUUCCACCACCGUAACAACCUGGAUCUGGGAGCCAUGAUAAAAGAAGCGUACCGGCUCAUGGGCGGCACACCAGCUGACAUCCAUCCCAGGAAUAUGCUCUCUGACUUCACGCCGCUGACCAAUGGCCAGUACCCCGUGUUCAACCACUACCCGGAAUUCAUCGUGGAAUACCAGAACCGAGAAAGGGAGAAGAUACGACUGCAGGAGAUGGAGUACCUCCGCGAGAGGCAGGAAGUUUCCGCGCUGCGCACAGACUUUUUGCGUCGCCAGGCUGAAGAGGAGGCCUUUUAUGCACAACAGGAGCUGCUGCAGAAGGCAGAGGAACAGCGCAGAAACAUCCUGGCACAAGAAGAGGAAAAGAUAACCCAGCAGAGGGCAAAGUUGGCAGCCAUGAAGAGAGAGCUGAAGGUGAAGGAGUUACAGCUGCUGGAUGCAACCAAAAGCCGUUUCCUCAAACACCAGCAGGACCUGAGAGCCUCACAGGUCCAGAGAUUAGAUCAGGAGAUCAGUAGAAAGAUGGAUCUCCGGGAGCGAGAAACGGCUGCAGCAGUCCAGGACCUAGAAGUCCGACAGAUGGCGCUGGAGGCCCAAAGGAGACGACUCGAACAGCACAUGUUUAAAGAGCAGGAGCGCACGGGACGGGAGGUUGAGGACCAGGCGGAGUUGAGGAUGAGGAGGGCAGAAAAAGAGGACGAACGCUUCACAGAGCUGCUGCAAUGCACCGAGACAAACAUGCAGGCCUUGGAGGAGUCCCUGGCGGAGGCAUGCCAGUUGGGCUUGGAGACGCAGUGGCAGAGCGAGGUGGAGGAGCGCCUGCAGCAGGUCGACGCCGAGCAGGAGAGGAAAAGGGAAAAACUGGCGCAGCUUCACAGGCAAACUUUGGCAGAGGAGGAGAAACUGGCCGACGCCAUGAGAGAUGUGGCAGGAAGGAAGUGGGAUGACGUGAUGAGUUCGAGAGCCGAGUUCCAGGAGCAGCGACGGCCCCUCUCCUCGGCAGACACCGGAAUGCCUCACCGACCCUGUGCCCACGCUGCUCUUUGUGCUGCAACCAAAGGUGCCACCUUCCCGAAGCGGGCAGAGGCCAACAUGGUGUGUUUGAACAGCAGUUCCCCUUCAGAAAGCACCUCCACCAACUUUUCCCUGGACCGAGGCCGAGCCCAGCUGGAUAGCGGCGAGAGACAACUGCUGAAGGAAAUCCGAGAUCUGCGGCAGAAGCUGGCGUUCCGAGCCAGAGAGGGAAGCUCCGCCUCCUCGCAGUCCGUCCACACGCCGUCCUCUGUCUGUCCGUGACAAGGGCUCCCUGUCGUCGUAGCGCCACAGAAAGAAAUUUUUCUUCUCAAGGGAUCUUUUUACCGUCGGUAAAAGAAUACAUAAUUUAUGCAAAUAGAGUCAAACAUUUGAACUGUGCACCAUCAACCACCCGCACACGUACACCCGUGUCGUCCAUUAGAACGGAGGAAACGUUCACUCGGGUUUGACUGUGGUGUUGUUCAGAUUGGGUCAGAUUCCCCACCUUCCCGUUUAGCUGUACAAUGUGUAUCCACGGUGGUUAUUUUGCACUGCACCUCAUUUUUCAUUUCAAUAAAUUGUAUAUGAGCUUUCUUAUUUAAAUCCAGGUUUGGAUAAAAUGUUUUUAGAAAAAAAAAACUUGUUUCAACCGCCUGGUUUGUUGUUCAUUUAAAGUGAUACAUGCAUGUUUUUAUGUCUGCUAUUGUACAGUUGUAGCAGUCAAUGAGUUUCCAAUGCAGCCCCUCAAACUCUUUUGGUAUCGAUUUAAAUGUAUUCUUAAAACAAA